AUGCGCUUCUCCUCUUCCACUGUCCUCGCGGCUCUGCCCGCCCUCGCCGCCGCUCAGGACUCUCCCGUCGACCAGUACAAGGCCCAGUUCCAGAACUUCCUCGGCCAGAUUGGCGGCUACAUUCCCAACCCAGGCCACCAUGAUCCCAUCGCUGCGGCCGAGGCCAAGGCUGGCGCCAUGAGACUCAACAUCCUGACCCUCGAGAACUGGAAGGAGACCCUCUACGAGCCCGUCGCCGCUGAUGCCACCACCCCCGAGGAGUGGUGGUUGUUGAUUUCUGGCGGAAACAAGACGUGCUACGGCCGAUGCGGAACCGUCGAGCAGGCCUUCAACGAGACCGCGGCCAAGUUCGCGCUUCUCGAGAACAGCCCUCACAUGGCCUAUCUGAACUGCGACAACCAGCCCAUCCUGUGCAAUUCGUGGUCUACUGGCCCCGCCAGCCUCUACAUCUUUGACCUGCUGCCCAAGCCUGCGCCCGUCGAGAUUUACAAGAAGAGGCUCAACCUGACCACCACCACCUCGGAUGACCUGGUCGCCCUCCAGGCCUCUGGUAACAAGGAGGACUUCAUCCUCGUUGAUGGCUGGUUCCACCCCUUCAACGGCAAGGCCGCUGAGAACGGUCUUGCCGUCCCCUUCGGCUACGUCAUGUGGGCUUUCGGCCUGAUUCCCAACUGGCUGUUCAUGCUUCUCGUCUCCUUUGGCAGCCGAACCAUGAUGAACCGCCGCAUGGCUCCUGACGUGGCCGGCCGCCCCCAGGCCGGUGCUGCUCCUCGACGCCAAUAA